UUUCUGUCGCAGCUGUUUGUGUUGUUUAUAUUAUUAUUAUUAUUAUUAUUAUUAUUAUUAUUAUUAUUAUUAUUAUUAUUAUUAUUAUUAUUAACAGUCCAGCUGCACUUUUAUGGUCGGGGAGUUUAACAUCAUCCAGCACCAUGAUGGAGUCAUGCUUUAACGAGAAGGUGGCCAGGGCUGAGACCAUCUUAGUAGAAGAUCUGAGGAGAGAUCUGCGUUUUGAUCUGACUGAAAUCGCAGAGGCUCAGGACUCUGGCUUCCUUGACAGAGAGUUUUUACAGGUCUACCUCCGUAUAAGACCUUUGUCACAGGCUGAAAUUGAAAGCGGUGAAUCACAGGACUGCGUCACCAUCCAUCCUCCUGACACGGUUCUCCUCAAAGCCCCCAGGUCGUCUCUGUCGGCCAGAGCCAGCGACAAAUCAGUUCCUCAAACAGCACAGCGCUUUCAGUUCUCUCAGGUUUUUGGAGCGGACACGGCGCAGAAGGACCUGUUUGACGGCACUGUGAGAAAUCUGGUCAGAGAUGUCCUGGAGGGGAAAAACUCCCUGGUCUUUACAUAUGGAGUCACAAACGCAGGAAAGACCUUCACCUUUUUAGGCCCAGAACACGAUGUGGGCAUCCUGCCGCGCUCUUUAAACAUGAUCUUCAGCAGUCUGGAGGGUCGGAUCUUCACCCAGAGCAGCGUGAAGCCUCACCGCUCUCAGGAUGUUCUGAAGCUCAGUAAGGAGCAGCAGGUGGAGGAGAACAUCAGCAAACGCAACCUCUUCAGACUCCUCAGAGAGAAUGAUAGUCAGAAAAACACAAGCAGUCUGAGCUCCAGCUCCAGGUCUGAAGGUUCAGAACCGGUCGAUCCCGACAGCUCUGCGUCUGAUAGGAGCUUCAGCGUGGACGCAGGCCUCCACACCAGGUUCUCCGUGUGGGUGUCUUUCUGUGAGAUCUACAACGAGAACAUCCACGAUUUACUGGAGCAGCCGAGCGGCACUGGAGCACGACGUGCCAACCUGCGCCUCUGUCAGGACACCAAGGGGAACUCCUUCAUCAAGGAUCUGCGCUGGGUGCAGGUCAACAGCUCUGAUGAAGCAUUUAAGGUCAUGAAACUAGGCAAAAAGAACCAGAGUAUUUCAUCUACUAAACUCAAUCAGCUGUCCAGCAGGAGUCACAGUAUCUUCACGGUGAGGAUUUUGAGAGUUGAGGACGUUGUUUCUCUCAGUGUGCAGUCUGUCAGUGAGCUGUCUCUGUGUGACCUGGCCGGAUCAGAGCGAUGUGGAAAAACUCAGAAUAAAGGCGAUCGACUGAAGGAGGCUGGAAACAUCAACACGUCUCUGCUCAGCCUGGGGAAGUGCAUCAAUGCUCUGAAAGGCAGCCAGCAGGCCAGGCCACAUGUGCCGUUCAGAGAGAGUAAACUCACACACUACCUGCAGGGGUUCUUCACGGGUCGAGGGAGAGCCGCCAUGAUCGUCAACAUCAACCAGUGUGCCUCUAUGUACGACGAGACGCUCAACGUCCUCAAGUUCUCCGCCGUGGCACAGAAAGUGGUGGUCCUCUCUGUCCCCUCCGUCCUCCCGUUGGUGGUGAAGAGGAGUGCGAGGGAAGUGUCCUUCAUCAUUAAUAAGGCGACUAAACAGGGGGCACGCCGGACAUCUCUGGUGCAAUGGGAGCACAGCCGGGGAGGAGGGGGGGAGGUGUCUGAAGAAGAGGAGGAGGAUGAAGAGGAGAGCAUGAUGGAGGACACGCUGCAGGAGGAAGAAGGAAAGGAGACGGUGCUGCUGGAUAAAGACGUGUAUGAGAAUCAGCUGUUGCAGAUAGAGGAGCUGCAGGAACAGUUGAGGACGUUGAGGGCGGAGACUGUAGCUGUGGAGGUUCGAAUCCGAGAGGAAGUGACUAAAGAGUUCUCAGAGCUCUUCACUCAGAUGCAGAAUGACUAUAAUGAGCGGAUCAGUAAAGAGAGAGAGUUGGUGGAGGACAGGUGUGAACGCCGGCUUGAGAUUUUCAAAAACCUGGUGGAGAAAACCGGCAGAGAAACUUGCAGUGAGGAUGAAGCUCCUACUAGAGCACAGGAGAGAGAGUCUCCCUCUCUACACUGCAUGCUGGACUCCAUGUCCACUGACCUGUUUGGGAUCAGGAAGGACGCCGAAGCGGCUCAGUCAUGUUUGGUGACCGGUGAUAACCAACCCACAGUGAUGCUGCGUGACCUUCAGGAAAAGGUCACAGAACUGACGGAGAAGCUCAGUGAAGUGCAGAAACAGCUGCAGAGCAAAACUCAGGAGUUGGAAGCUCAGAGCAGCCUGGUAGAGGAGCUGAAGGACAUGAGGAAGAGUCGUGAAGAGAGGCUGAAUGAACUGAUGGUGCUGUGUGUAGAGAAAGACGACGGGAUCACUAAACUUCAGGCCGCGCUGGACAGAGCUGAAGAGAGCAGCACCAAGAACAACGCCCUGAUUAAAGACCUCCUCCUGCUGAAACACAACUGCACAUGCUCACAACGGCGGACACGCCCCGAAACCAGGAAGCGCAGACAGGAAGGGGAGGAACCGGAGGACGUCCACGGACAGCCCCCUUUAAAGAAAGGGUCUCUUAAGGACACGGCAAGCUCAGAAGAUCUAGCAGAUGAUGAUGAUGAUGAUGAUCCACCUAUGGCUGAGGUCAAAGGUUCUUCAAACAUCGUUAGCGUCUGCCAUAACGACUUAUCUGCGACCGAGGUCAAAGGUCAGGUCGACCGUCGUCAGAAGGACGAGCAGAUUGCAGAUCUGCAGCGGGAACGGCAGACUCUGGAGUUCUGCAUCCAGGAGCUGAAAUCCGCACUGGAAGAAGAGAAGCGAUCCUGCGCCAGGAUGCUACGAGAAACGGAGCAGAAGGUCGCAGAGGAGCAGCAGCAAAACCUUCAGUCCAUCAUCACGAGGAUGGACGAGAUGGAGGAGAAACUCAACACUGCUGAGAAAACCUGCGCCGUCUUAAAAACGUCUCAGACGGUAGAGCCGGGAAACGAGAUCGAGCGCAAAGACACACUCAUCAAAAAUUUACAGCAGGAAGUGACUCGACUCAAACAGGAAGCAGAUCGUUUCGCUGAGACGAAAGACGCGCGCCAGGACGUCUCCAGGUUACAGAAGGAGAACGAGAGCAAAGACGAGAGAGUGAAAACCCUGGAACGUCAGCUGCGAGAAAACCGAAAUAUUCAUGACAACCUCCAGAGAGUGAACUUUGACCUCCAGGCCGAGGUCGGCGUCCUGAAAGGUGUCAUCAAGGAAUUAGAGAAGGCGGCACUUCUAGUGAAGGAGAGCAAACACAAAGAGAAGACGGACCCCGAGCCGUCCAAUAAGGAGGCCCUGAUAGCCAAGAAGGAGGCGGAGCUCGCUGCUGUCCAACAAGAAGCACAGGAGACACGAAAGAGAGAGGUGGAGAGGAGGAGAGAGCUUCUAGCUGUAGCUGAGGAGGCCAUCGCUCAGAAGGAUGCAGAACUUCAAAAACGAGAGGAGGAGCUCAGCAGGCUGAAGGAGGAGAUGAAGUGCAGUAGUGGAAAAUUGUCGAGUCUGUCUGUAGAUGUUCAGAGGAGAGAGGAAGAGGUGUCUGACCUGAGGGAGAAACUCGCCGACUCAAAGAAGCAGAUUCAGCAGGUGCAGAAGGAGAUCUGCUCCGUGCGCGAUGUAGAGAAGUCUCUAAAGCAGAAGCUGUGUGAUGUUGAGAAGGUGAAGUCUCAGCUACAGAAGGACCUCUCGAGCCGAGAUCGCACCAUCCAGCAGCUCAGGAGUGCUCCUUCGUCUGAUCCUAAGGUCGAGGGUCAUGUCCAGCUUUACAAUAAAGCUCUUAAAGAUCUGCAGGAGCGUCAGGGUGUGAUAGAGGAGAUGCGUCUGGUUCUCAGUGAGCAGGAAGAAACUCAGACUCAAAUGGACCUGGAGCUGGAGAACAGAGAAACUCAGAUCCAUCAACUCACAGAGGAGAUGGAGAACCUGAAAGAGCUGCUCCUGAAACAAAGGAACAGCAAACAGAUCCAUCAUCAUGAACCAGCACACAGUGAUGACAUCACACGGGCUAAAGAGGAAGCAGCGCAGGCUCAGGACCACCUGAAGAUGGCCAGUGAGAAACAUCAGGCUGAACGUAGGAAGUGGACGGAGGAGAAGCUACUCCUGAUCUCUCAAGCGAAGGACGCAGAGGAGAGGAGGAACCAGGACAUGAGGCGCUUUGCUGAGGACAGAGAGAAACAUGCUCGCCAACACAGUGAGAUGGAGUCAUUGAAGACCCGUCUGGCUGAGCGUGAGCAGCAGAUAGAUGAGUGGAGGAAGGAGAGAGACACACUCGUCUCUGCUCUGGAGGUCCAGCUAAAGAAACUCGUUUCCACCAUCGCAGAGAAAGACGAGCAGAUCAGAAAUCUGAAGUGUACUGACACCCACCAACCACCAGAGAUGUGUGAUAAUGGAGUGAUGGAGCAGCUGAAGGAGAAGGAGGCAGAACUGAAACAAUUGAGAGAGCAGCUACGAGAGACAACACGCACACACACUACUACAGAGUCAUCUACACAGACCGUGGUGGAGGAGGAGUGUGUAUCUGAGCGACUGGUGAACAGCAACACACUGAAAACCACUGGCCGAACUCGAGCAUCCGUCACCAGCCAGGGGUCUUGUGGCAGUGGCCCAUCUGUGUUGGACUCAUCAGUCAUCUCCACAGAAACAGGUCGAUGUUCACGGUUCCCGCGGCCUGAGCUUGAGAUCUCAUUCAGCUCCCUGCACCCAGAACGCUUCCGCCUGAAACGGCCUGGAGAGAACGGGGAGGUCACAGUCAACGUCUCACACACACACAACACACGCAAGAGGAAGAGCAGCGAGGUGGAGAGGAAGCGAAGCAGCAACAGAAAGAGCAAAGCGAGACCCACCACAGCUCCUCAGGACGGGGUAGAGAGUGAGAACAGGAGGAAUAUGAGGUGUAAGAAAGCUCCGUGUCUUACUGCACACCAGGAGGAGGAGAUGUCUCCUGCACUACUUGGGAAAAGUUCCCAUGAUUCUCACUCAAGUCUGCAAGGAAAAAAGGAGGGAAAGUUGCAGAAGAUUGGAGAUUUCCUGAACAGCUCCCCAACAUUCCUGGGCAGUAAAGCUAAGAGGAUUAUGGGAUUGAUGAGUGGAAGGUCUCCAGAUGAAGGUGGCUCGUCUCUGAGUCUGAAACGCUCCAAAAGAAAGAUCAACAUCUCGUCCCCUAUGAACAUCUCCGCUAAUCAGAUCAUCAGUCGUGAUGUGGAGGAGAGAGAAGAUCAGCUGAACGUCAAGAAACGACUUCGCAACAAAACUCCCAAGUAGAAGAUUCUCCUCCAUCAUCUCUCCAUCAUCUCUCCAUCAUCUCUCCAUCAUCUCUACACAAGCGUUCCCGUUUGCUCUUCUCCUCUCACCAGCACUUUCACACCUCUCUCUGUUUUAUACUGUAUUAUAAUCUACUGUGUCACAGACGACACCUUCAGAAGGGUCGAACUUUUUAUUGUAGUUUAUAUUGUCGAUGAUUAGCUUUAACACUAAUGAGUAUAUAUGAAGCUAGGUUUUAAUCCUGGGAUGAUGUUUAUUUAGUGUCUCUGAAUAACACACACACACACACACUCUCACACACACCUCGAGUCUUUAUUCUGAUUGGUUUAAAAAGGUCCACAAUUCACUUCAAACAAAGCAAUGCAGCUGAAAAUCACGUGUCGUUGCUAUGGUAACGCUCCUUCACAUCGGUCACGUAAACGCUUUUUAGAAACGUGAUCGUCUAUAAUAAAGGAAACGUACGUUUAUUCACGUAACGUCUACAGAAGGAGUCUCCAGCGUCCAUGAUGUCUGUCAGCUCUGUGAUGAACAGGACCAUAAACACAGCACACACUAAACACCAGGAAGGAUUAUGGCGUCGAUCUACAGAAAGACUGCAGAGGACUGAUUGUUACUGUGAACCAGAGGAAGAGACACGAGAUGAUUCACCAUCUCUAAAGUGUGCCAGAAGUGUGGGGUCGGGCGACGAGGACAAAAUGGAGGCGCGAGAUCUCUGAGUGUGUGUGUGUGUGUGUUUGUGUGUGUGUGAUUGGAGGAGGAUGAGAGACAGCUGUCGUGAAAAAAGAAAACUUACAUAAAGACUGAAAUACAAAACAAA